CAUAUACGCAGGCGCAUUAUGUGCUUCAAUUUGACUGUGAAAUAAAAUAUGGCGAACACUUGAUGACUAGACGUAUACGUACGGUCUGGUGUUAAUAGCUAGUUGUUUUUUUGCUAACAUAGUAUCGAAAUAUACGAAUUUUCGAAAGUAUGCCCGUAAUUUAAUCGUCGACAUAAAUCGUAUCGAAUUAUAAAUCAAGAGACGUAGAAGUUAUCAUAGAUGUUAACCUUGUAAAGAAAAAAAAAUUUCACUGCACGCAAAAGUAAAUUAAAGAUUUUAGCAAAAUCAGCGAUGCCAUUCAUUUUAGAGUCACGUUGAGUAUUCGGAAAAAUGUGGGGAUAAGGGGUAAAAUAUUUACCAAAUUUCGUAGUUUUUAAGACAUGACACUUUUUUGCCAAAUAUUUAUAUUUAAGAAAUAUUAACAAGACGGAAACCAUCGGUUAAAACCAUCAACAUUGGUCCUCCUGCGUGAGGAAAAAGGGAUGUUAGUAAAGAGAAGUCGAUACAUCAUGUAUUGCUUCGAAGGUGAUUAUAGACGUAAACCUCAACAAAACUUAGCUGGCGCAAGCAGAACAGACGAGGUGUCUGUUUUAUUACAGCAUGCGCAAUUAGAACGUUUAAAAAGAGAACAACAGCGUAAAAGACAUAAUGCUGCAUUGAAAAUUCAAGCACUUGCUCGUGGAUUUAUUAUAAGAAAGCAUAAUAAAAUAGCUAAGAGGAAAGAGUUCGAUGAAGAACAACAAAGAAGUGGACGUAAAAAUCUCAAUUUAGAUGAGUUAGCACUAUAUUUUCGAAAAUUAUUAUACUUUUAUGAUCAUAAUUUGGAUGCUAGCAGACUAGUUUGGAUACUACAACAUUUUCUAAAGCAUCAACAAGAAAUUAAACAAAAAUCUGUGACCUCUUCCAAAUGGUUAUGGAGACUAAGAUGGGUUCUACGUAUGUGUAUGCAACACAAUUCUGAAGCCUUAACAAGUGGAGCUUACUCUCUGGCUAUACCACUGAGAGCGUUAGAAACAUUUACAAAUCGAGAAGAUACAGAAAAAAUUCUACGCGAGAAUAGUUACAAACAUUUAGAAAACAUCUUUACUUACUUGAUAAAACAUAAAUAUUUUGAUCAACUAAGAAAAUUGAUAGAUAGCAAAGUUCCACCUAUGCUGGAACCAACAUCUGUGGCACCAACUCCCAUUUCAAAAUGUUUAAUGGACAUGAUAAAACGACCGUUAGAUUUAAUUUCUUUUGUAAAACAGGAUGACGGCUUUUCUAUGCUUGUUUUGCAAGAAUUUUGUAAAAGUAUACUGUUUCCUAGAAUGUCAGAUCCAAUUAGAAUGUUUGUCAUUCCAUCACUGUCUGAAUUCGAAGAAUUUCCAUAUACUCAAUUAAUCGAAUGCAUCAAUAGAAUCGAAAUAGAACCCACAAUAAGCUUGCUUUAUUCCAUUUUAUCUUUGGAAACAAAUCGAUUUUUUACAUGCAAAUCUAAAGAAGUCUUAAUUAAUUAUUUGCAAGUUCUUGCAUCCAUGAGUUCAACGAUAAUACCUCUGGUUGUGGAAGAGAACAUAGAACAAGCGGAUGACUCAGAUUCAGAAUCAAACAUUAGCAUGAUAGAUCAAGAACAAGCUGAUAUUCUGCAUCAGUGCAUAGAAAUGUUAAACGAACAGCAACGCGUUCAGGGAAUAUUACUAGCUGUGGAUCGAAGCAAAGACCCUGCCGUGCUGCAACCAUUGUGCCAACUCUGUCAUCACUUGUUAAUCACCAACAAAUCAGCUAUCCAUAAGUAUAAAUUAUUGUACAUGCUCGCUUUUAAGCCUGUGUUCUUAAAAAAUUUAUGGACUGUGCUGCUAUCAGUUUGCCAAGUAUCAUUGUUUGGAGGAGCAACGCCUCUUCUGCAGAUUAUUUCACGAGGGAUCAGUCUUUCCAGCGAAGACACAAAGAAAAUAGUUCCGCUAUUAGCUGUAUUUUGUUCGCUAUUUAGUCUACUUAUCGCAACGUUACACGAUACAGAAUUUUUUAUUGAAGCAACCGACCAAGCGUUAGACACAAACGGACAGCAAACGAUGCCCUUCACAACUUCGGAGCUGGUGCUGCUCUCCAGUCAUUUAAAAGGCGUCUGCCUGGGUUUAGUCGAGCUCGCUUUUCCCGACAAUCGACCAACCGUACGAGACGAUUACAAGAACGCCGUUCUUGGUCCAUCGUGCCCCAUACAGAGUCAACAGGAUACGCAAAUGUGGACGCAUCUGUUCAAAGUAACGGUUGGUCUGCUUCGCCAACUACACACGCGAGACUUGCGGAGACAAUUUUGCCCGGAAGGACACUGGAUAGCGUCGAACAUCGUAAUACCAAUCGACAGACCUCAAGAUUUCACGUUUCGCAGACGCAGACUGAGAGGAUAUAUCCCCUUCCAAGGGCUGCGAUCGUUCACGCGAGAAGAACUAGAGAAAAGAUCACCGCUUUCCGUAAAGGAAGUUCGAACGUUGACGCUGCUCUGCGAGAUACCCUUUGUUGUGCCAUUUAGCGAUCGAGUUGCUAAAUUUCAGUCGCUGAUUUAUCGCGACAAAACGGAACAGCAGGGUGAAUUGACGCAGUUCUUGCAAGGGCCGUCGAUACAAAUCUCGGUAAGAAGAAACUAUCUGUAUGAGGACGCGUUUGAAAAACUGUCCCCGGAAAACGAACCAGAAUUACGAUUAAAAAUGCGCGUACAGCUUGUUAAUACAGCUGGACUGGAAGAAGCUGGCGUAGACGGUGGUGGUCUGUUUAGAGAAUUUUUAUCGGAAUUGUUAAAAACGAGCUUCGACCCUAACAGAGGCUUUUUCAGGCUCACCAAGGAUAACAUGCUGUACCCAAACCCUACGGUACAAUUAUUGGUCGACGAUUUCCCGAAACAUUAUUAUUUUAUCGGUAGAAUUCUUGGGAAAGCGUUGUACGAGAAUUUGUUAGUCGAACUUCCGUUCGCCGAGUUUUUCCUGUCGAAAAUCGUCGGUCGUCAGUCGGAUGUCGACGUUCACCACUUAGCUUCCUUAGACCCGAUAAUGUAUAGAAAUCUUUUGUACUUGAAAAGCUACAAAGGAGACGUCGCAGACCUCGGUCUGGACUUCACCGUGUUGUCCGACGAGUUGGGUGAACGACGAACCGACGAGCUGAAGCCGAACGGAGCGAAUAUCCCUGUGACAAACCAUAACCGGAUCGAGUACAUUCAUUUGAUGGCAGAUUAUAAAUUGAACAAGCAGAUCAGAGCGCAGUGUUACGCCUUCAAGCAAGGCAUCGGUAACGUGAUCACCUUGGAUUGGUUGCAAAUGUUCAAUAACAAGGAGCUGCAGGUUCUGAUAUCGGGUGCACAGAUUCCGGUCGACGUGAACGACUUGAAAUUGCAUACCAACUACGCGGGAGGCUACACUCCUGAUCAUCCUACGAUCACUGCCUUCUGGAAGGUCGUCAACGAAUUCAAUGACCAGCAGAAAAGGCAAUUGCUCAAAUUUGUAACGAGUUAUAGUCGACCUCCUCUACUUGGAUUUAAGGAACUCGACCCACCGUUUUGCAUUCAGCACGCAGGCAGUGAGGACCGUUUACCAACUUCCAGUACCUGUAUGAAUCUACUGAAGCUCCCUGAAUUUCCAGACGAGAAAACUUUGCGUGAAAAACUUUUAUACGCGAUUCAAGCUGGUGCUGGUUUCGAAUUGAGUUAAAUAUUCUGAAUGUUAAGUAAUCGUAAUUGAAUCGAUAAUACUUGAUUGUACAUAAAUUGUAAUCACGUGAAUGUUUAAAAACAGAACUCGCUGUUAAUUACUAAGUGCUUAAAACGUAUUAUGUCCGUCCGAUAAACAGGAGGACGAGUACCGUUUGAAACACUUGCCCGCCGAGAGAUCGAUAUUAGUUUCCGUGGUAGGGACAGAACAGUUUAAGAAAUCUUCGUGGAUAAGGCAAUAAACACGUAAUAUUGUCAGGAGGGGCCAAUUAAUUAGGUAGUAUCUUGUAGAAAGACUACCGACACUACAGUGAACAAAUGUGUAUUAUUUAUAAGAAUAUAUUUAAUUUACUUUAACGGACUUAUAUGCAUCAUAUAUACGCGUGUGUACAUCUAUAUAUAUGUAUAUACAUAUAUAUAUAAUAUAUGCACGCGUACACACAACACACAUAUUUUGUUUGUUGUAACUUUUUUGCCCUUGGCCUAUAAUUGUAAAUUGUGUAUAUUUUUUGUAUUCAACAUAAAUGUCGACACUCUGCUACGUAAACAUUGAAUGUAUAGGAAUGAAUAGAAUAUAUAGAUAUGUAUUUAUGAAUUCGUUAGUGUAAAUAAAUGGAAAUUCUGAAGCGUUAUAUA